UUUGAUAAACCAUUUCUUCUUCAAGACUGUUUCUUCUUAAUUCCUCCAUUUUCAUCUCUCUCUAUCUCUAUAUAUCUCUAUCUCUCUCUCACUAAAUUUAAUUUUAAGCUUUCAACAAUUAAUUAAGAUCUCAAAUUCCUGAGUUUUUUUUUUUUUUUUUCAAUUGCUGAAAGAUUAUUCAUUAUUGUGUUCUGCAAAUCAUACAUGGCGCGUCCAACGGUACCAAAAUUCGGCAACUGGGGUGAAGAUGAUGUUCCUUACACGGUUUAUUUCGACAAGGCGCGAAAGGGUAAAUCGGGUGGAAAAAUGAUCAACCCAAACGACCCACAAGAGAACCCGGAAAUGUUUGCUCCACCCGCGCCUCGGGUCAAACCCUACACUGAGCCGGACGAGCCCGUCCACAGACGGGCCGUCCGACCCACUCCUGACCAUCGGGUUGGUCAGGAAGACAAUGAGUAUAGUGAUAACCCGGGUAGGAGAAAUUCUGGUGGCUCAGCUCAUCAACGUGGCGGUCAAGGGCCAGCUGUAGGUCGUUCCACGAAGCAUAGUGUCGGGUCUGACCAAAGCUUUGACCGGUCACCGAUGCAUCCCCAUUAUCAGGCUAAGGUCACCGGGAAGGGUAGCGCGUCGCCUGCUUGGGAAGGAAAGAGUUAUGAUAGUAGUCAUGGUACACCGGGCCGAUCAAGAAUGAAGCCGACUCGAGGCGAUGAUUCUCCCGAUAGAGGAGCAGCUGUCCCGAGAUUCGGUGAGUGGGAUGAAAACAACCCAUCAUCAGGCGACAACUAUACGCAUAUCUUCAACAAGGUUCGUGAGGAGCGUGUGACCGGUUCACCCAUGCCAUCCGGUCCAGACGCAAGACCAAAUUACAACAUUCCUAAAAACCAAAAAAACAAUUAUAAGCAAUCAUGCUGCUUCCCAUGGUCGAAGUAAAUGGCGAUUUUCGGAUUUCGGAAGAUUUGUGAAUACCUUCUAAAGGACUCUGUAUAUUCGGAGUCUAGCUUCAUAUAUGCGUACAUCAAAAUGGGUUAUUUUCUUUGAAAUUUGUAAGUGUGAUUUUGUUAUUGUGGGUGCAAUUGGGUUUAUAACAAACAUCAUGAGAAUCUGAUGACUUUAUAUAUUUGGUUGUAUUGUAACAAUGCCAGUAGAUAUUCUUUUAUUGUGUUGCAAUGGUUAUCUUGAUAGAAAA